CUCGGAGGGAUGGUGUUCCCGGCAGAGCAGAGCUGCGGCCCCCGCCGCCUCCGCGGGUGCUGAGACGGGAUUUUCGUGGUGCGGCUCCCGGGCUCCCAGCUUCAUGACUGCGCGGAGCGGGGAGUCGCCAACACCAUGCGAGCGCAAAUUGAAGUGAUACCAUGCAAAAUUUGUGGUGAUAAGUCCUCUGGAAUACACUAUGGAGUCAUCACAUGUGAAGGCUGCAAGGGAUUCUUUCGGAGGAGUCAGCAGAACAAUGCCUCCUACUCCUGCCCAAGGCAGAGAAACUGUUUAAUUGACAGAACCAACAGAAAUCGUUGCCAGCACUGCCGACUGCAGAAAUGUCUUGCCCUGGGAAUGUCUAGAGAUGCUGUGAAAUUUGGAAGAAUGUCCAAAAAGCAGAGGGAUAGCUUGUAUGCUGAAGUGCAGAAACACCAGCAGCGAUUGCAGGAACAGCGGCAGCAGCAGAGUGGCGAGGCAGAAGCCCUUGCCAGGGUUUACAGCAGCAGCAUCAGCAAUGGCUUGAGCAACCUGAAUAAUGAAACAGGCAGCACCUACUCAAAUGGGCAUGUCAUCGACCUGCCAAAGUCUGAGGGUUAUUACAACGUGGAUUCUGCCCAGCCUUCUCCAGAUCAGUCGGGAUUAGACAUGACUGGAAUCAAACAGAUAAAGCAGGAACCUAUCUAUGACCUUACCUCUGUACCAAACUUGUUUACCUACAGCUCAUUCAACAAUGGGCAGUUAGCUCCGGGGAUAUCCAUGACUGAAAUAGAUCGAAUUGCACAGAAUAUCAUUAAAUCUCAUUUGGAGACUUGCCAAUAUACAAUGGAGGAACUACACCAGCUAGCAUGGCAGACCCACACGUAUGAAGAAAUUAAGGUUUAUCAGAGCAAGACCAGAGAAGCUCUGUGGCAACAGUGUGCCAUUCAGAUCACACACGCUAUCCAGUACGUUGUGGAGUUUGCGAAGCGGAUAACAGGUUUCAUGGAGCUCUGUCAGAAUGACCAAAUUCUUCUCCUUAAGUCAGGCUGCUUGGAAGUUGUUUUGGUGAGAAUGUGCCGUGCCUUCAACCCACUCAACAAUACCGUUUUGUUUGAGGGAAAGUAUGGAGGGAUGCAAAUGUUUAAAGCCUUGGGUUCUGAUGAUCUGGUGAACGAAGCAUUUGACUUUGCAAAGAAUUUAUGUUCCUUACAGCUGACUGAGGAGGAGAUUGCCUUGUUUUCAUCUGCAGUUCUGAUAUCACCAGAUCGAGCCUGGUUAAUAGAGCCAAGGAAGGUCCAGAAGCUUCAGGAAAAAAUAUACUUUGCACUUCAGCAUGUGAUCCAGAAGAACCAUCUUGAUGAUGAGACUUUGACAAAGUUAAUAGCCAAGAUACCAACCAUUACUGCACUUUGCAACUUGCACGGAGAGAAACUACAGGUAUUUAAACAGUCUCAUCCAGAUAUAGUGAACACACUGUUUCCUCCCUUAUAUAAGGAGCUUUUCAAUCCAGACUCAACCACUGGCUGCAAGUGAAGGGGAUAAUAAAAUUUUCACGUAGUCAUGGAAUGCAUCACUGUUAAGACAAAAAGAAAUGUUUUCAUAAUGAACUUAUUAAAAAUGUCACUACUGCAACACUAGGAAUGUUCUGCACUUAAUAGAAUUAUUUUUCACCGCUACAGUUUGAAGAAUGUAAAUAUGCAACUCUGAGUGGGGAUGUCCUUUUUCUCUUUUCUUUGUUUACUUUUUUUUUUUUUUGAACUGACAAUGAAUAUAAAAUAUAGUACACUGGGUGUUACCUUUUUUUUUAAUUUUAUUUUAUUGGGAUAUGUUUUGGGAGACAACUGUUCAUAGAAUUUUAUUGUAGAUAUAAAUGAGAAUAGAGCAGUACUUUGCAGUAUUACUCUUGCUGUUUAUUGUUCAAAUAUAAUUUAAGAAAAUUCCACUUAUUAGACUUGCCUAUUUCUAUGUUUUUAGAUAGUUUAAUGCAUGUGGAAAUUUGUAGCUGUCUUGGAAAUUAUUGUGCAUGUAUGAAAUACGUAUAUAUAUAUGUAUAUGUGCUAUAUACUUAUAUAUAUAUAUAUAUAUGUAUGUAUUAUAUGCAUACAUGCUGUAGCUUAAAAGUCCCAUGCCUACUUUUAAAGGAUGCUCAGCCAGGCUGUCACGCAUUUCUUGCUCUCCAAGUAAUGUAUUAGAUUUACUUUGGGCAAUCACAAUUUGCUUUACCAGUCAGAGUUAAAUCAUCAUCUGCCAAUGUGUAAUGACAGGAUCACUCCUGAGACAUGUAAUGUAGUGCAUGCAUGCAGUCUGUAAAUGAAACAUCAGGAAUGUAUCAAUGGUGCAAAAGCCUUGUCUGGAUGAUUUUAGUGGAGAGAAGAAAAGCUUUUUCGGAAUUCUCCCUGUCACAGGGAUACAGCACAUAUAAAAGUGAACGUUUUAGGACAUGAUGUCAGUGAAGUGUCUGAAACACAGAAUAAAAACAUAGACUGUCCCACCCACACAUUUUUCUGAUUCCACAAAAGAUUUUAUUUUAUAUAUACUUCUUUGAAAAGUGGUUUCAAGACUUGGCUUGUUUUUUGCUUAACUCAAUGGAAAGACUUAGUGAACUCAGCGAAAACCAUUGUAAGCCUAAAACGUAGCUCUGAGGGAGAGAGGGAGGGAGGGAGGGAGGGAGGGAGGAGGAAAGUCAAAGCAAGCAAUGGCCAUGGUUACAAAGUGAACAUAACUAUCACUAUUUCUGACAUAGCCUCAUCUAGAUGAGACUGAUGGUUUCCAUUCCACAUAUAGAUAUAUAUAUGUUGCAUGCACAUACACUUAUGUGUCUAUAUAUAUACACAUACAUCAGGAUGAUUUUAUGCACUCUUCAGGAGGCAAGCAAAAGAUUCAGGCUAUCUUUCUGUCUCUCUUUGAAUUGAUUUUAUGUGCAUUUAUUUGUUUGCAAAACCAAAGGCAAACAUAGGAGGGAGUUAGGAAACAGAAUGACUACUACAGACCUGAAGAUGGGGAUUUAUUAAAUUUAACCGCAGUCAUGAUUAAUAUAUUUGGAGUCUGCCAGAGAUAAAAAACAUAAACUUUUUGCCUGUGGAAGAACAGGUAUUCAGUUCCUGUCACGGCUCUGUCCUUAACGUCACUUUUACCUGUUGUGAGCUUUUCCUGAGAAGUCUCUUCAGGGGACACCAGCGGAGGAAAUAGAACAGAAAUAAGAAGAUGCAGAAAUAAGUGAAAAAGAAAUGAAGCAAAUGCAGGGUCAUAAGCAGACGCAUUUCUUUAUUUCAAAUCACAUUGAAGGCAAUGCGAGCUGAGGCCGGGUGAGGAGGAGCAUGCUGGCAGGCAGGCUGAAGGCCCCACUGUCUGCCAGGUCACUCCCAGAGCAGUGCUGCUGGGAGCCCAUGGGGACGCAGCUGGGCCUCAUGGUGGGUGCAGAAACUUGGCUUGUGGCAGCGAUAACUCAAGGCCUCUGGCUUUUCCAGGAGACCACGCAGCUCCUGUAUCAGUCCAGUGCUCCAUUUUCUGCAUCAUCUAGUAAUUCAAUGCCUAUUUCAGGCACACUUGAUAUGGUUUCCCCCAGCCCUCCACCAACCAGUUUGCAAGUAUACAUGCACUGUUUUAGCACUCCGAGACCUGAUACAAGAGCAGUUACAAUCUCCCAGCUAAUAAAUAUUUAAGUCCAUUCCAACUUAUAUAUAUAUGUAACCUGCACAAGCAAGUUAGUUGUGCUGAGAAGAAUUUUGUUGUGAACAUGACACAAUCUUCCAAAUUACUUGGUCCUAUACAAAAUAAAUCUCUAAAACACCUUUUUCUUCCACCAAAUUCAGAGUAUGUUUUCUGAUCAUUACAUUGAAAUGUCUUCGGUUAACAUAGUAAAACAUUGCUCUUGAUUCUUCUUUAUACCACUUAAACCCUAAGACUGGCAUCCUCUUAGAAGGUGAUUUAUCUGCUUGCAGCCUUUUACAUGGCAAAUCUGUGAAUAGGACUCCAAAUUCCACCUCUUUCUAAUAUCAAAAAACCAUAACUAACCAUAUUUAUGCAUGGUCAACUUGAACGUAUUUGGAAAAAAAAAAGUCAAGUUAAACUGAAUCCCACAGGAGUUCAAUUUUAACUGCAGGGGAUUCAUGUUUUUCUUCUCUUUUUCAAUACAAGAACAUUAUCUAUCUAUCUAUCUAUCUAUCUAUCUAUCUAUCUAUUCGUUUGAAGUCCUUUAUAAACUCAUUCUCAGUAUAUUAUAAGUAACAUAUUCAGCUAAGUCACAGGAUAUAGAAUGUGAUAAAUAUUACUGUUCUUAUUGUUGAUAAAUGAGGUUUGUUAUGUUUAGAAACAAUCCGCAAUUAUGUAUUACAUCUUGAAAAUGUUUUAUUCUUUUCAAACAAGCUAAUCAGUCUUUAGCUGACUUAUGUCUUAGGCAGGAUGGCAAAAUGGACAUCACCAGUGAAAAUUACAUAUUAUUUAAUAAUUAUCCAUAGGGAAUUUCAUCCUUAAAGCACUAUUCUUAAAUCACUGCAACCUCAUGACCUCUUCAGUAAGGUUUGACCAAAUCAGUAAGGUUUACUUACCCUUUUUUAAAGAUAAAGAAAUGAAGGUAAAGAAGUUAAAUGACUUACCAGAAACCACAAAGGUAGCAGUGUACAGUCUGGGGUGAGAAAUCGAUUCUCUCCUUUUGUCGUAAAACCAUGAAGAAUCUGGUAUGCAAAAAUCCUCAUUGUCAUUGAUAGGCAAUAGCCUGUACAAACAAUUACAAAUAUUGCUAAACAAAUUAUUAUCUUAAAAUAAUGUUAAUUAUGAACAGCUUGUUCUACUUUUGUUUCUACUUUUACAGAAUUUGAGGAAGUAAUUCUGUUAUUUAUUUGAGAAACAGAAAAUUAUUCUCAUACAUUAUUUAUUUGUGCUAAUUAGAGCUGAUAACAUUUAAUUUUCUGUGAUUUUGGACUGACUACAUAGGUCAAGUAGUACUUCUCCUGCCCUUCAUUGACUGAGUAUAGAAUAACAAAAAAUUACCACAUGCUACAGACUGGAUUUUUGUUGUCAAUGUUCAUACAAAGUCAUUUGUACACAGUUUCAAAUUCUCAGUGUUGGAUUUUUUAUGUUCCAGUUAUCCAAGUAAAUAACCACAGACCACUCACAAAAUGCAUUUCAGACAAUAUUGGUGCACUGUUUUAUUUCUUGUUGGCUUUCAUUAGUAUGCAACAAUAUCUGAAGCCCUUCAAUUAAAUCUCUAGAACUGGAACUUGUCACACCUGCUCUGUGUAGUAAUUGGUUAUGUUUGUUGAUUUUUUUAGUGACAAGCUCUUCACACAGGACACAAUUUUUAAUGACUGAUUAAUUCUUGAUAUUUAACAUAUUUAAAACAUAUAUUGAAUCUUCUAGAAUUGCUCUCAGAUAAUUGAACCACAUUGAUCUAAAUUUUCCUUGGCAUCAAGCAGGCAGAUGUAGACUGUUAUACUGCCACAGAGACUUCACUUUGGUGUAAAUGUCACUCUAGCCAGCUCUUUGCAUAAAGAAUUAAUUCCAAGAGUCAUAUUCUCUUCUAAUGGAAAGAAUGCUUUAGUGAUUGCUAAGGAAAAAAAAUAAAAUAAAAAAGGAAAAAAAGGAAAAAGAAAAACAAACCAACACAAACAAACAGGGUAAUAGAAGGCAUUCAGUUGAAUCAACUAGUUUCCAAAAACAAUAUGUAUUUUAAGAUCGCUUUAUGAUAGGCAGCAUUUAGGAAUUGAUUUGGCAUGUUGUCAAGCUCCCUGAGCUCUAACUAGGUCCGCUAAAAAUGGAGGCAUCUCAGCACAGCACAGAAGGUGCUCAACCCCUCACAAAGUCAGACCUUUGAUGUUAAGAGGUCCCCUCUGAGCUUUGUGGAGCACAGUCAGAUGUCAUCAUACUUGCUCUUUAAUGCUUUUCCUUCACACUUUCUGCUGUUCAUUUCUGCUGCAUUUCACAGGGACCAGUUUAUUCUCUCUGUUGUGCCUUGAGCACCAAUGCUGUCUCAAUGCCUGUGCAAGGUUAUGGUGCUCCAGUUGGAGCAGCUACUGGAUUUGCCUGUGAAUAUAAGCUUUAUUAAAUGACUUUCGUUGUUCAUUUUCAUGGUAGCAGCAUGCACAGCUGUACAUUUCCUUUUGGGUUAAUUUUGCUAGUAUUUCUGACACACAAACUUCUACACAAAGAGGAUGCAAAGCCGUUCCCACAUGCUGGCCCCUCAGCUUCCCACCACUGAGCUGUAGAAGCUGCUCCAAGGCUGCAGCACUCUGCAAAGCAGUCAGGCAGCACAGCUAGAGAAGUGUAGCUGAUUAUUACGUUCUCCAGUCUUUCUCACCGCCCCUCCCACGCCCCCCCCCCCCCGUAAAGCUGUGCUACAAAGCACAGAUGAAACACAUCCAGGCUCCCUGCAUCUUCCUUCCCUCUGACUGUGCAUUGAUUGUGCCAUUUCCAGAAGGACCAAGGUCCAGCCUGGAAGCAGAUUAUUUUCAGAGUCAUUGCCUAUUAGACAUCAUAGGAAUAUAGCACUGCACAAUCAGACCAAACUGAAACAUGGCACAAUCUUUUUUAAGUACAUGUGAAAUGGAAACCUGAGAUGGCUUUCUUUUCCUGACAGUAACAGAGUAUACACACCUACCAACCUAUCCCACCACUUUCUGCCUCCACUCUGGAGACUUACUUCUAUCUCUGAUAUCUACUACAAGCAGCAUGUUGGAGACCCAGUCCUCUUCUUUCUUUUUUAUGUUUCAUGCUUUGUAAAUGACAAUCACUGCUUGAUGCAGAUAUUGCACUGUAUGCCACUCAGGGAUGUUUCAUUAUUAAAAAUAGCUAUAUAAGUAUAAUGGUGAUGAUAAGGAAGAGAAUGCUAGAGGCUUUGAAGGGCACUGGUUGAGCUGCCCAAAUGAACACAACCCAGACAAGGCUUUCAAGCCAGUGAAGUAAUAUUGUUAUAAACUGUUAUAAACUGAAUUCACUGUCAGAGUUUCCUCAGUUUGGUGCAGGAUUUACUUAACUUGUUUCACAGUUAGUGGAGCACUACUGACCCGUCAGUUUAUGGUGUUAAGUCCUUUUGGAAACAAAAUGCAAGCAAGCUUUCUAUGAGUUACUGAAUUUAGGCAAUUGACAAAAGAAAGUGCUGUUUAAAGGUACUGAGUUUAGGUACCGUUAAUGUGAGCUCAUAUUCAGAAUUGCUGCAGGCAUGUAAGAAGAAAGGCUAAGAUGUGGAAUAAAUGAUAACGUCAACAAUGGCAGCAAUGGUUUUGCUGAGCUACCACAUGGAGAAAUGCCUAUAUAGAUCGAAUAGUAUAAAAUUGUCUAACAGCUACCCUUUCCUCUCAGCAAUACACAAUGUCACAGCUACCCCCAGGCCUUUGUAGCAAUGCUUCUCCAUGACAUGACCAGUCCUCUUCUCAUCCCAAGGGAAAAAAAAAAAAAAAAAACUUUUUAAAACUGCAUUGGUGAAAAAACUCCCAUUUCCUAGUAAUGAGAGAUGAGAAAUGCACUUCUGCUAAUGCCUAACUUUACACUAAAUAUUUUCAUAGACCUACCUUUUCAAGAACUCAUACAAAAAGGUAAAUUUCAGUGGAUUAUCGUGCCAGCCCUUGAUUUAAUUUCAUUUCUCCACACAAUAGGUUUUCCUCAGCUCUAAUAAUGACCACUGUUGCUAUUCUUUUAGUGAGUAUGUAUGAGUUCUGACUCUUUCCAUCUUCUGAAAUCACUACACCUAGAGAUGAGUGGGCAACCACAUCAGGAGGUGGAAAGAAGAGGCCAAUAUCCCUAUGCAUAAAGGCUUUCAUAAUAGUAUUCUUCACUGACUGUCCCAUGGCAACUUUAGUUUUAAUUUUCAGGUUGCUGGGAGCUAUGUCUAAAUGACUAAAAUUCUUGCUAGCAUGAUAACUGCCCAUAAAAAAGAACAAUCUUCUGGCCAAAGAAUCUUGCCUCUCUUUUCUUCUCCUUUUACUCUUAGUUCAUAAUGAAUGAGGCCUGGAGUGCUGAAUGACUCACCUUUGCUCUUUCUCAAAGAUGAUAUUCACCUGCAGUCUGCAAGGAAGGCUGCACCCAGUAGACAGGAAGCAGGCUCCUUCCUCCUCUUCCUCCCAGCCUCCAUGUCCUCAUUUAGCUGUACUGUCCCUGGAAGUCAGAAUUAUGGGAAUAAACCCUAAAUUUACCGUCCCAGAUAUGGUCUGCAGCAGACCAUUUAACCAAAAGAACCAAUCAUAUAUGCAGUCUAAACUGCAGACAAAAGCUCUUGUGAUGUAAAAUUUCUCCAGUGGUAACUCAUGGAUCAGUAACUCACUUAAAAAGGCAGCCCAAAUGUUCAGUGACAUAAUGGAUGUGUCAGUGUCGUGUAAACAAUCCUUCCAUUUUGCGUGUGCUGACAGAAUAAAGCAAUGCACAAAAUGCACUGGGAAAGGAAGGUUAUUUCCCGGGUGUUACGGCAGGCAGUGAGGGUAAUACUGCUUACAGUGAGUUCAGUAACACAAUGUACUACAUUUGCAUAAUUCCGUCAUCGUCACAGUUCAAGCACAGUACAUAGGAGGAGAAAGAAAACAUCAUUGGAUAUAGCAGCAAUAAAUAAAUUAUAAGUGUUUCUUUGUAAUUGUACAUGCAGAAAAUGUUUGCUUUGCACGUGGUCUUCGGUAGAAUAACAUAAAGAAAAAAUCAUCUAGUGUAGAUAUCACAAUGUUUUUGCGUAUUUCUUGGAAGCAUUGGGUGGAGCUGCUAAUUUGUGAUCGAAGAUACUGCUGUUGGAAAAAAAAUGUAUGUGCUUCAAGAAAAGGCUGAGACCCUUGUUUAUGGCUAUACAUUGGCAACAGUAAAGUAUGCUCAAUAUAAAACUCUUUCUGGACAGAAUGAAAGAAUUGUCUCCUAAUUUUCAAUAUUGUGAUCAUGUUGGUCCCUUGUUAUUUGACCAACGAAAAACUGACUGCACGGAAAAACAAGCAGGGCCAGAUGGGCAACCGCAAAGAACAGGCUUUACCUUGAAGACUGUUUCAGACAAAACCAGCUUAUUUAAAAUAAAAAUAAAUAAAUAAAUAAAUAAAUGAAUAAAAAUAAUAAAUAAAAAUAAAAAAGCACUUAUACUUGUCUUGAUUAGACACACAGCUUAAUAAGUCAAAGUUACUACAUUAGGCUGUCAGCUUCUAUGGGGAUUCAGAUUCAGAUGCACUACAGUUGUGUUUUUUUUAAUGUGUCACUUCAAUGUCAGAAUCAGGCAAAAAAGGUGUUUUGUUGUUAAUCAGAAAUGUUAAUAAUAUGUUACCCUAUGAAGUGUGGACUACAUAUUCUCGUGCAGUAGACAGGGAUUUAUUCAUGGACUUAUUCUUAAAAUUCACGGAGUAUCAUAGCAAGUGAACUAGUGGUGGUAGUCUUUGCCCCAUGCAUGACUGCAAUGUGUCCUCUGGUAUGCUACAGGGAGUGAGUGGCUCUGUGAUUGUACUUCUGGCCACAAAUAAAGCACAACAGAAUUCUAAGUAAGCACCCAGAUAAAUCAUGCACAUGGGGUGUUUUGAGAUUUAUGCUAAUCGCUGUGAGAUAAUUCCCAUGUUAAACUAAUUACUCCAGAUGUAAUGAAUGGAUGGUAUAAAUAAAUUAAGAAUCAGAAUAGCAACAAAUCCCUUAUUUUACAACUGCACUGUCUGCCUCAUCUGAUUAACACUAAAGAAAGUUACUUAAAAACUAAACAAACAAAACAAGAGAGAAACCUGAGUAUGUAUUGUAGAAAUGUAGAAGACAAAUAAAAUAUUUUUUCAAAUGUAAUUACUUUUAAUAUAUGCUUGUGGAAGGUCUAAUACUAUGUAUGCUGUCUCUGUAAUUUUUGCUGUAUAUAACUGGGGACAGUGAAUACACUGAUUUUUUCUAUGUCUCUGUUUAAGCAUAAGACUUUGUAAUGAUUUUUUUUAAAGAGGAAAAACAUCAAAGAGCAAAUUAUGUAAUUGCUUCCUAUAAGUGUAUUGUACUCUUCAGUUUUUAAGGAAACUGAUUGUAAUAGAUAAAGCCUUUUGACCAGCCGUUGAUGUUUAGUGUAUACUUCUGUUUGUAAUGGGG